CUCUCUGUCUCUCUCUCUCUCUAUCUUCUAUGUGGAGGCUGUGUUUCCAAAAUUGGUAGUUAGUAGUCGUUUGUGUAGUUAUUUGCUAUGAGCCUUUUCAUAUAUGGUCCAUAUGCGCCACCACAAAAGAUUCAAACCAACCAAACUUGUCCUUGGCACCAACCACAUAUAUAUAUAGAUGUAUCUUAGUUUUCAAGUCUUUCUUUGAUUCUGUGUUCAUGUAUCUUGAACUUCUUUCUCUUUCCUUCACUCAAAUUAAGGCUCUCAGCCACCCCACCCCACCCCACCAUGUCCAUAAUAUUCCAUCUGAUAUUUUUCAUCUGGGUCCUUUUGACAGUCGAGUGUUUUGUGGGUCUUGGCUCUGCUUCUGCUUCAUGGUGCCAAGACCACCACUAUUUCCCACAACCCAGUAGACAAUUUCAGCAGAAAACAGAUAGGUUCUGGGAGUUCAAGGAGCAAACCAACAGCUGGGUUGAAGUUGAAUUGCCUUAUGAUCUGGUGUCUUGUGUUAAUGAUAACUGUACUGUAGUGGCUUCAAUUGGUCCAACCAACAAAAAAGAAGAAAAACCUGUAGAAACCCAAUCUGAGGUUCCAAGAUUGAGGGAGAGCUUGAAAAACAAAGUGGAUGGCUAUGACAAGGAGGAUGCUUUGCCUCUGAGAAAGAGAGUUUCAUUGACCAAAAUGAAUGAUGCAUCAAUCUGGAUCACUGGUCAAAGUGGGUCUAUCUAUGAGAGGUUUUGGAAUGGGCUACAGUGGGUCAUAGCCCCCCAUGAUUUACCAAUAUCUGGAGCUCAUGCAAUCUCUGUCUUCUUAUUCAACCAGACAAUUCUUGCUCUGUCUGAAGCAGGAAUUCUCUAUCAGAUGCAACUCAGUGAGAGCUCACAGCCUGUUUGGGUAGAGUUUGCACCUACACUCGGUCAAACCACAGAUAAAGAAGGAGAACAAAGUUCUACGAUCCUAAUUAAGUCGGGGGUUGUUUCAUAUACUGCAGAGAGAGUAUAUUUCUGCACAAAAAACGGGACUCUGUUAGAACUUGGAGAACUUGAGCCUCUGAGAUGGGAAAAUCAUGGACAACCCCCUGGAGCAAAUGUUGCAGCAAUAGCCGAUGCUGCUAGUAUUAGAACAGAUGUAAUUUAUACCAUAAGUUCUGCAGGUGAUCUUUAUGAAUACGACAGGAUGUCAAAACCAUCUUGGAAGAAGCAUAUAUGGAGAGAAGAAACAGCUCAAGAUGCUUCCCUAAUGCCACUAACCGGGAGUACAUUACAUGGCUUGAAUGGAGACCAUUCUAUAUCACUGUUUCUUCUAACAAAGGGUGGUAAACUGGUGGAGAGACGAUUACACCAAAGGAAGUGGAAAUGGGUGGUCUUUGGAAGUCCAAAGGAUCAACACCUGACAUCUAUAACACCAGUGCUGCAUGAUGACGCAUAUGAAAAAAAAUUCUCACUGUUUUUCACUACAUCUACUGGAUCUGUUUUUGAAUAUCAAAUACCAAAACAAUCAGGAAUCGCUCAAGAGAACCAGAGUCCAGAAGCAUGGGUGAACCAUAUGCAUCCCAUACAUGCGAAAGUUGCCAGAGGUAUUGCUGGUGUACAAAUUCAACUUGGCAGAAUUCUAUUCCCACUGGAUGAUGCAAGACUUGCAGAACUGCAUCUAUCUGGCUUAGGUGGUGAAACCUCAGGUCCAUCUCAUCAGGUAAUGUUCCGAAAGAAAGCGACAGUCAAGUAUGUAUGGUCAAUACUAGAUGCCCCAGAGACUGAAGGUUGGAAUGCAGAGUACUGCACAGAACAGUGGGGACCCACAAAUUGCAUCACAGGGAUAAAAGAUGAGCGAAAUGAUCUUGGAAUUGCAAGAACAGUGACGACAAGGCGAAAAGGAAGUCAGCCACAGCAGCAUUACUUAAUUCCAGGGCCAUCGAGUACUGGCCGAGCAAAAUCUUUGGAAGAACACAAUUUACCAGACAACUGGAUUAACUCAAAUUUCCAUUUGAGAGCGAUGCAUGGAGGCAGAUCUUUUUUCCUUAUAACAGAUGGUGGUUUUACCUUUGAAUAUCUUUAUACUGAAAAUGUAUGGAUAUGGCUGAGGCACGAGCACUCAACAGCUAUUAAAGGUGCAGUAGGAAACUACAAUGGAAGCUUGUAUGUCGUUGACACUUACGGAAAUUUGUUUAUAAGGGAAAGGAGUGACAGCGAGCUAGCAUGGAUCAACUGCACUUCCUCGAGGAAAGGAAGGCAAGUUGUUGGAGGCCCUCCAUGGGAUGCAAUGCCGGGUAGAUCUAUGAAAGCAACAGUAGAGGAUGCACUCUUUUUCGUGAGCCGAAAUGGCAGACUACUUCAGUUCACUGUUGCCCUGAGGAAGUUCAAAUGGAAAGAUUGCAGAAACCCUCCGAAUACCAAGAUUGCAUCUAUAGUUGACCAGGAACUGUUCAGGGAAAAAAUAGUGUUUGUCAUUGGGAGGAAUGGUCGACUAUAUCAGUAUAACAAAGUGACUGAACUGUGGCAUGAGCAUUACCAGUCUCAGCAUUUGGUUCUAUCAAGACUACCUGGAACUGCAAUGAGGUCAUCAUUGCUUUCACUAACAGGUUCGUUGUUCAUGCUAUCAGUAGAUGGUGGACUAGUUGAAUAUCACUGGAAUGCAAUGGAUGGAUGGAACUGGGUGGAACAUGGAACUCCACAUAAAGUUGUCACGUUGGUUGGUUCACCAGGUCCAUCCCUAGAACGUAAUCAACUGUUUCUAAUUGGCUCAAAUGGACAUGUUUAUUUGAGGUAUAUGGAUCAGAUGACAUGGAGGUGGAAAAACUGCGGUUUCCCAUCCCUGGGAAAUACAUUUGCUGAAGAUGAAAGACAAGAGGAAGGAAAUAACAAGAAGGAAAAGUUCUGCACCAAUGAAGAUCUUGCAGCUAGUUCAAGGAAGGAUUCUGAAAAAGCUAACCACCUAAGCAGUGACUGUAAUCCAGAGGUGGCACCGAUACGACCAAUUAUGUUUGCUCAGGAUUCAGUAAUCUUUGAGCUGAAAGAUGGCAGAUUGGCUGAAAUGCGACAAAUUGAGGGCACAAAUUGGUUAUGGUCACGAAUCAUAGGCACUCCAACGAGCUUAUGCACAGCAAGUUACUGGACAGCCUUGGCAUCAUGAAGUAGCAGCAACAGUACACUUUCUGUAAAAAUCACACUACAAAACAUAUAAAAGCCAUAUAUACAUAUACACACACGAUCACUGAAAAAUUCCAGUUAGCUUUAGCUUUCUAGCCACCUUUUUGUACAUAGCAGACAGAAUAAUAUUUUAGGCCCCUUGGAAAAGUAUCUUUGCUAAAA